UAUUUGUUUUAGGUAGGGCUGUAGAAACCAACAAUGAGGCGGUUCAGAACAAACCGCCAGCUGGUCGACCCCAAGGGCACGGGCUAGUUAGCAGGGCAACUGCAGGUUUAAGGGAGCCAAAUUUAAGACUUUUUAAGACCUCUUUUGCUGCCAUCUUCCGUGGCCGCAUGUCCAUGAAGGAGGUAGAUGAGCAGAUGCUGAACAUGCAGGACAAGAACAGCAGCCAUUUUGUUGAAUGGAUCCCAAACAACGUCAAGACCGCCGUCUGCGUCAUCCCUCCCAGAGGUCUCAAGAUGGCCGCCACAUUAAUCUGCAACAGCACCGCCAUUCAAGAGCUGUUCAAGCGCAUCUCUGAGCAGUUCACUGCCAUGUUCAGGCGCAAGGCUUUCCUCUAUUGGUACACAGGAGAAGGUAUGGAUGAGAUGGAGUUCACAGAGGCUGAGAGCAACAUGAAUGAUCUCGUGUCUGAGUACCAGCAGUACCAGGAUGCUACUGCUGAAGAGGAGGGAGAGUUUGAAGAGGAGGGAGAGGAGGACCUGGCCUAAAUUUGCUGUUAUGAAGUUUAAAUGUUUGUCGUACAUUUCUGUUUUUCCAAGUUCUGAUGUACAUGUUCCAGUUCUCAUUUACUUUUCUAUGGCGAUGCCUCGGUAACGAAGCAUAGUGCUCAAA